CAUUAGUAUUUACGGUAUAGGCUCCGCUACAUCAGUAAUUACGGUAUUAUAAGUUCUUCUACAUUGAUAGUUACGACCCGUGGUGUGUUCAGGGUCAAUCAUGGCUAAGUGGGGAGAAGGAGACCCUCGGUGGAUCGUGGAGGAACGAGCGGAUGCCACAAAUGUCAACAACUGGCACUGGACGGAGCGGGAUGUUACCAGCUGGUCAUCAGAGCGUCUCCGUAAGCUGCUGCUGGGUGUUCAGGUUCAGGGGUCAGAGGGUGUAUGUCAGGUGACCGAUGUGAGCAAAUUGGACGGAGAAGCUUCCAUCAACAACCGCAAAGGGAAACUGAUCUUCUUUUAUGAGUGGCAACUCAGAGCCAACUGGCUGGGUACAACCAGCAGCGGUGUCAAAUACAGAGGGACGGUGGAGGUGUCCAACCUGUCGGACGAAAAUGAUGAGGAUGACCUUGAUAUCACGGUGUCUCUGUGCAAAGAUCAGCCGGACACACCAUUGCUACAGCUCAUGAAGAAGAAUGGCACCAAAGAAGUCAGGAAGGUUCUGGGAGAAUACGUCAAGCAACUCAAAUCAGAGUUCAGUCAGGGGAUGAUUUUACCAACUGCUAACGGACCACAGGCCCCACCCCCUCCAAAGAAGACCCAGAUCCAGACUAGUAAAAUGCAGAUCCAGACCACCAAGACUCAGACGAGCUCCGCCCACAGUCAGAUGGGCAUUCGUAUCCCGACGUGCAAUUUCUCACUGACGGAAACGUUUCUCACAUCAGCUGAUGAGCUGUACAGGACUUUCAUCAACCAGGAGUUUGUGCAGGUAUUCACGCGCUCAGCGGCAGUGGUAGAUGGUCGUCGCGGAGGGAGGUUUCAGCUGCUUGAUGGGAGUGUCAGCGGAGAGUUCACAAACCUGGUACCCGACCAGAAGAUUGAGAUGAGGUGGAGGUUUAGAACCUGGCCCAGUGAGCACUAUGCCUCAGUCAGUCUGCAGCUGGAGGAACAAGGAGGUGAGACCGAGCUGAAGAUGGAGUGUGUUGGAGUCCCAUCAGGGGAGGAGGACUCCACUCGUGAGGGCUGGAAGCGCUUCUACUUCCAGGCCAUAAAACAGACAUUUGGAUACUGAUUUCCACAUUCAGGACGUUGGAGACCUUGAACCCUGCUGCUUUUCUGUGAGGACUCUGAGCCAUGCCACCUGCAGCUCGUUUGGUAGGAUAAGCUGGGGUUUUAUUUGACUGAAGCACUGUGGAAGGAUGACCUGACUUUAUUGAUAAUGAGCUGCUGUGGACCAAUCAGUGAGGCUCACUGAGGGCUGAGUUUCAGCAGAAUCAUAAUUUAUUAAAAGAGAAAAUGUUUACCCAAAGUCUGCAACUGUUUGCUAUUAAAUAUUUACACAGCUUCCUCCUGAUCAAGACAUCUAAGAGGAAACCAUGAAAACUGAACUACAGAACCGAGUCUUUAGAUUGUCUCUGAUCAUCUCUGGUCUCUAGAUGUUCUUUAGAUAUUUCCAGAUGUUCCCUCAGUGUUCUCCAAACAUUCAAGUUCUUCUUUAUCCUCCACAUGUUCUCUUAAUGCUCUCCCACUGUUUGCUUAACCUUCUCUAAGCAUCCUCAGAAUGUU